AUGCGUCUCCUUCAACUCCGAAAUGGCGACCUGAGGCUUACUCCAGACCUUAUCGAUGAUAUUCCACCUUACACGAUAUUGUCCCAUACUUGGGGACCCGAGGAAAGGGGAGCAAACAAAAUUGGUUACCAAAAGAUUUUAUUCUGCAGCCAGCAAGCUAAACGCGAUGGCCUUGAAUACAUCUGGGUGGACACUUGUUGUAUCGACAAGAGAAGCUCUGCCGAAUUGACGGAGGCGAUCAACUCGAUGCUUCGCUUGUAUCAAAAUGGGGCCCACUGUUACGUUUAUCUGUCAGAUGUCUCGAAAAAGUCUGGCCAAGCUUUGCGGCGUUGGGAUGCUCAAUUUCGCCAAAGCAGAUGGUUUUCACGAGGAUGGACUCUGCAAGAGUGCUAA